CUCGUUUCCGUCUUGACCCGGAAUCAUAACAACAGCUGGACUCGGCGGCUCGGUUGCUUAUGCGAUGCAGUUUUAAGGAGUUACGGAAUAAUCCCGUUUUUAAUGAUUACUGGAGUCUAACCGGAGCUGGACUGGAGGUGAUGAAGCCUGCGGGAGGGAAGUAGUCUCAGCGCCGCAGGUUGACGCCGUUAGCCGCGGUUAGCAAGAGGAGAAACUGUUAGCUCAUGCUAGCAAGCUCAAGCUAACAGCACAGCGAUCACGUGAUCUGCAGCAACACGAAAACAGCACAAAUUAAACUGACGGUGCUGAGGCGUGAUGGGGAACCAGCUGGCGGGCAUCGCCCCGUCGCAGAUCCUCUCCGUGGACAGCUACUUCUCAGACAUCCACGACCACGAGUACGACAAAAGUCUGGGCAGCACUCGCUUCUUCAAGGUGGCGCGGGCCAAACACCGCGAGGGGCUGGUGGUGGUCAAGGUGUUCGCCAUCCAGGACCCGUCGCUGCCGCUCACCAGCUACAAGCAGGAGCUGGAGGAGCUGAAGAUCCGGCUGCACUCCUGCCAGAACUGCCUGCCCUUCCAGAAGACCUCGCUGACGGAGAAGGCCGCCAUCUUGUUCCGUCAGUACGUGCGGGACAACCUGUACGACCGGAUCAGCACGCGGCCGUUCCUCAACAACGUGGAGAAGCGCUGGAUCGCCUUCCAGCUGCUCAACGCCGUGGACCAGGCCCACCGGGCCGGCGUCCGCCACGGCGACAUCAAAACGGAGAACGUGAUGGUGAGCAGCUGGAACUGGGUGCUGCUCACCGACUUCGCCAGCUUCAAGCCCACCUACCUGCCGGAGGACAACCCCGCCGACUUCAACUACUUCUUCGACACGUCCAGACGCAGGACGUGCUACAUCGCCCCCGAGAGGUUUGUGGACGGCAGCAUGUUCACCACCGAGAGCGACCAGAACACGCCGCUGGUGGACCUGACCAACAACAACCAGCGGAGCCGAGGAGAGCUGAGGCAGGCCAUGGACAUCUUCUCUGCAGGCUGCGUGAUCGCUGAGCUCUUCACCGAGGGCGUCCCUCUCUUCGACCUGUCCCAGCUGCUGGCCUAUCGGAAGGGACACUUCCAGGCGGAGCAGGUCCUCAUGAAGAUCGAGGACCAGAGCAUCCGAGAGCUGGUGGCCCAGAUGGUCCAGCGGGAGCCUGACAAGCGCCUGACUGCUGAGGAAUACCUGAAGCAGCAGCGAGGGAAAGCGUUCCCCGACAUCUUCUACACCUUCCUGCAGCCGUACAUGGCUCAGUUCGCCAAAGAGACGUUCCAGUCUGCAGACGAGCGAGUCCUCGUGGUCCGCAAAGACCUGGACAACAUCCUGCUCAACCUGCGAGGAGGCUCCUCCUCUCCGUCCCGGGGCGGCGCUGAGGCGGCGCUGAGCUCCAGGGAGGAGCAGGGCCUCGUGGUGCUGGCGUCUGUCAUCACCUCCUGCCUGCAGACGCUGCACUCCUGCGACUCAAAGCUGGCGGCGCUGGAGCUCAUCCUGCACCUGGCGCCGCGGCUCGGCGUGGACAUCCUGCUGGACCGCAUCACGCCGUACCUGCUGCACUUCUGCAACGACCCGGCGCCCCGCGUGCGCGCCCAGGCCGUCCGGACCCUGACCAAGGUGCUGGCGCUGGUGAAGGAGGUGCCGAGGAACGACGUGAACAUCUACCCGGAGUACAUCCUGCCGGGCGUCGCCCACCUGGCCCAGGACGACGCCACCAUCGUCAGGCUGGCGUACGCAGAGAACAUCGCUCACCUGGCGGAGAGCGCGCUGCGCUUCCUGGAGCUGGUUCAGGAGAACCACGCCAACACGGAGCAGGAUCCGGGCGGAGCGGAGACGGAGGAGAGCAACCACCCCAGUGAAAACUACGACUCAGAGCUGCAGGCGCUGCAUGAGAUGGUGCAGCAGAAGGUGGUGACGCUGCUCAGCGACUCGGAGAACAUCGUGAAGCAGACGCUGAUGGAGAACGGCAUCACGCGGCUCUGCGUGUUCUUCGGCCGGCAGAAGGCCAACGACGUUCUGCUGUCCCACAUGAUCACCUUCCUGAACGACAAGAACGACUGGCACCUGCGCGGCGCCUUCUUCGACAGCAUCGUGGGCGUGGCGGCGUACGUGGGCUGGCAGAGCUCCCCCAUCCUGAAGCCUCUGCUGCAGCAGGGCCUGAGCGACACCGAGGAGUUCGUCAUCUACAAAGCUCUCAACGCGCUCACCUGCAUGUGUCAGCUGGGGCUGCUGCAGAAACCGCACAUCUACGAGUUCGUCAGCGACAUCGCGCCCUUCCUGUGUCACCCCAACCUGUGGAUCCGCUACGGCGCGGUGGGCUUCAUCACCGUGGUGGCGCAGCACCUCAACGUGGCCGACGUCUACUGCAAGCUGAUGCCUCACCUGAACCCCUUCGUCACCCAGCCCAUCAUCCAGAUCGACAAGGAGCUGGUGCUGCUGAGCGUGCUGAAGGAGCCCGUCAGCCGCUCCAUCUUCGACUACGCCCUGCGCUCCAAAGACAUCGGCAGCCUCUUCCGCCACCUGCUGCUGCGGCAGAAGAAGCGCUGCGGCUCCAUCCCGGAGUGCCCCCCCCCCGACGACCCGGCCAUCGCUCAGCUGCUGAAGAAGCUGCUGUCCCAGGGGAUGACGGAGGCCGAGGAGGACAAGCUGCUGGCGCUGAAGGACUUCAUGCUGAAGUCCAACAAGGCCAAAGCCAACAUGGGGGACCAGGGACACCUGGGAGAGGCGGGGCAGACGGGGGUCAUCGACCUGGGGACGCUCGGCAUCAUGGGACGUCAGGUGGACCUGGUCAAACCCAAGAUGGAGUCUGACGAUAAAAGAGCGAGGAAGCACACCAAGCAGGACGCCGCCAUGAACGAGGAGUGGAAGAGCAUGUUUGGAUCUCAGGAACCGCCCACGCAGCCCGCCACGACCGCAGACGGCGCCGGCAGCCAGAUCCGGAAGUCGACGGCGGCCCCGGCGGCGCCGGUCCAGCCGUCUGCGGCCGGCGGCGGCGCCUACCAGCGGCGCAUCAACACCUGCAGGACGGAGCUGCAGCAGCUGGUGCAGCAGAAGAGGGAGCAGUGCAGCGCCGAGCGCAUGGCCAAGCAGAUGAUGGAGAGCGCCGAGUGGGAGAGCCGGCCCCCGCCGCCAGGGUGGCAUCCCAAGGGUCUGCUGGUGGCCCACCUGCACGAGCACAAAGCCGCGGUGAACCGGAUCCGGGUCUCUGAUGAACACUCCAUCUUCGCCACGGCGUCCAACGACGGCUCGGUGAAGGUGUGGGACAGCCAGAAGAUGGAGGGCAAGACCACCACCACCAGGUCGGUUCUGACGUACUCCCGGGUCGGCGGCCACGUGAAGACGCUGACCUUCUGCCAGGGCUCCCAUUACCUCGCCGUGGCGUCCGACAACGGAUCCGUCCAGCUGCUCGCCGUCGAAGCCAACAAGCCGCCCAAGUCUCCUAAAGUGCAGCCGUUCCAGAGCCGGACUCUGGACCUGCAGCAGGACGGCUGCGCGGUGGACAUCCACCACUUCAACUCGGGGGCCCAGUCGGUUCUGGCCUACGCCACGGUGAACGGCGGCCUGGUGGGCUGGGACCUGCGCUCCAACGCCAACGCCUGGACGCUGCGCCACGACCUGCGGCUCGGCCUCAUCACCUCCUUCAGCGUGGACAUGCACCAGUGCUGGCUCUGCCUAGGGACGAGCAGCGGCACCAUGGCAUGCUGGGACAUGCGGUUCCAGCUCCCCAUCUCCAACCACUCCCACCCGGCCCGGGCCCGGGUCCGCCGGCUGCUCAUGCACCCGCUGUACCAGUCGUCGGUGAUCGCAGCCGUCCAGGGGAACAACGAGGUGUCCAUCUGGGACAUGGAGACCGGAGACCGCAAGUUCACCCUGUGGGCCAGCUCCGCCCCGCCGCUCUCUGAGAUGCAGCCGUCUCCUCACAGCGUCCACGGGAUCUACUGCAGCCCGGCGGACGGGAACCCGCUGCUGCUGACGGCCGGCUCCGACAUGAGGAUCAGGUUCUGGGACCUGGCCUAUCCGGAGAGGUCCUACAUCGUAGCGGGAGGCGCCCACGACUCGCUGCACUGUCCCUCCGUCCUCUACAGCCGCAAGAUCAUCGAAGGAACCGAAGUGGUUCAGGAGAUCCACAGCAAACAGAAGAGCGGCGCCGCCGAGGAUUCUCCUCGCCGCGGCCUCGAGUCGCUUCCUGUCGGCCAUCAUGACAUCAUCACCGACAUCGCCACCUUCCAGACCACGCAGGGCUUCAUCGUCACCUCGUCCCGGGACGGCAUCGUCAAAGUCUGGAAGUGAGGCAGACGUCCUGAACGUCCGCCUGGAAGGUUCUGAAGGUUCUGAAGGUUCUGACAGAACCUCGCCCCUGUUCAUCACUUUAGAUCCACACGCUGUAAAUAAUCUAAUUUAUCUCUGAGGAUGGAAAGAGGCGGUGAAGCAGCAGAGAACGACAGGCCUUCAGGACGGUUCUGGAUUCAGAACCAAUGCUGUGUUCUGGUACCGCUCUGAAUCUCUGGUUUCUGUAUCUGAUCUGUGUUCUUUAAUAAACCCUCCCAGCAGCUGCA